AUGAAUGGAGGUAAUAAUACACGGGAUAUACAACAGAAACAGCCACAAAACCAACAAAAUAAGACUCAAUCACCCAGGCGUGCAUUACCUAACAGUAAAAAUGCAGUACUCGUGAACUCUUGUCAGCGUGGUAAUCCAAUAUUAAAAGAAGUCAGAAAUGUUAGCUGGGAGUACACAGAUAUCGUACCGGAUUACGUUGCUGGUUCAAGUACAGGUAUACUAUUCCUCAGUUUGCGCUAUCAUAGAUUACAUCCGGAGUAUAUACAUACAAGAGUUGAACGUCUUGGUGCAAUGUACCAACUCCGUAUAUUACUUCUUAUGUGCGAUGUUACAGAUUCUGAAGCAUCCAUUAAAGAAAUAACCAAGACUUGCUUGAUUAAUAACAUAACAGUAGUAAUAGCUUGGUCUCCACAGCAAGCAGGACACUAUUUGAGUCUUUACCUUCAGCUAGAUAAUAAGCCACCAGACAGUCUCAGAGAGAAGUCUUCAACAGAUUAUCACAGCAUGGUGGCAAACGCUCUUACAACGGUAAAGGGAAUAAACAAGACAGAUGUAUACCAAUUAUUGACGCGCUUUGGGAGCAUAAAAAACAUCGUUAAAGCAUCUCCAGAUGAGAUAUCGAAAUGUCCUGGAUUUGGUGACAUUAAAGUUCGUCGUAUGCAAGAAGCCUUCAUUAGCUUAUUCAAAAUUGGGUUUAAGAAUUCAAAUGACAGCUCAACUGCUAGCAACGAUCAAUCACAACGUGAUAAAAAAACUGGUUUAUUGGGUACAGAAUCUAAUGAUCUUUUAUUACGUGAAAAUUCUCCUUCCCAUCAAGUCAAUGUUCAACCACCUGAAGAAGAGAUUGACUUAUUAGAUUCCGAUGAAGAUGCGCUCAACGAGGUUGUUGCCAAUUUUGAUAGCUUGAGAGAGCAAAAUGAUAAUUCACAGAAGGGAAAAGAACAACAAAAUUAAAGACCCCUUUCGAAUCAAGAAAACGUGAUAGAUUUAUUAGACAGCGAUGAAGAAACAUUGGAACAACAAAAUAGAAAAGCACCUACAAACCAAGAAGAUGUAAUUGAUUUACUGGAUAGUGACGAAGAAGCAUUAAAUCAAGUAGCAGCCGACUUCAAUGUUAGAUAAUUUAUUCUUUUUACAAAUGCGAU